UCUAAAUUAAUUGAACUUUUUCCGUCUGCACAGUUCACUCUGCACGAGCGAACCACCGCUUCGAAUUCCGUGCUUCCCGAAGCCAACAUUCUCUCUGUUCUCUGUUUCGCUCUUGCUUACUUCCCCACAAUGCCCCCACAAACCCGGAGAACGUCGUUCCCGAAAGUCGUGAUCGACCGAGACACCGACUCCGAAGAAAGUUCGUCUGACGAGGAUGAAAUCGAUGAAGAAGACGACGUCGUAGGAGAAGAGGAAGUAACUGAACCGAAGGCUGAUGAGGAAGAAGGAGAAGAAGAGCAAGAGAAAUCAGUGACCAAGAAAAAAACGCCUAUUACUAUUAGUCUCAAAAAAGUCUGCAAAGUGUGCAAGAGAACAGGUCAUGAAGCAGGCUUUAAAGGCGCUACUUACAUCGAUUGUCCAAUGAAGCCGUGUUUUCUUUGUAAAAUGCCUGGGCACACCACGAUGACUUGCCCUCACAGAGUGGCUACUGAGUACGGGGUUGUCCCAGCACCUCGGAGAAACACCCAUAGCUCAUUGGAUUAUGUGUUCCAGCGCCAGCUUAGGCCUCAUAUUCCUAAAAUGAAACCAGAAUUUGUCAUUCCAGAUCAAGUAAACUGUGCGGUUAUAAGAUACCAUAGUAGACGAGUAACAUGCUUGGAGUUCCAUCCUACAAAUGAUAACAUUCUCCUAUCUGGUGAUAAGAAAGGACAACUUGGAGUUUGGGAUUUUUGCAAGGUAUAUGAGAAGACUGUCUACAGUGAAAUACAUGGUUGUAUACUGAACAACAUGAAGUUAAAUCCAAGAAAUGAUGGAACAGUAUAUACUGGUUCUUCUGAUGGGACAGCUUGUUGCGUAGAUUUGGAGACUGGAAUAUCAUUAUCAUUGAUGAACCUUAAUCCUAAUGGCUGGCAGGGUCCAAGCACUUGGAGGAUGCUUUAUGGGCUGGACAUAAAUUUGGACAAAGGAGUCGUACUUGUUGCAGAUAACUUUGGCUGUCUGUAUACGGUUGAUAUGCGCUCCAACAAUGUGACAGGGAAGCCUAUUCUCAUUCAUAAGAAAGGAAGCAAAGUUGUUGGUCUGCACUGUAAUCCCCUUCAACCAGAUCUUCUCUUAAGUUGUGGGAAUGAUCACUUUGCUCGUAUAUGGGAUAUGCGGCAGUUGGAGACUGGAUCCUCUCUUGUUGAUCUACCACACAAACGAGUUGUUAACUCAGCAUAUUUUUCACCACUUACUGGUAGUAAAAUACUCACUACAUCACAGGAUAACCGGAUUCGUGUGUGGGAUUCCAUCUUUGGAAGCCUUGAUUCUCCAAGUCGAGAGAUUGUGCAUAGUCAUGAUUUUAAUCGACAUCUGACAGCUUUUCGGGCUGAAUGGGAUCCAAAGGACCAAUCGGAGUCUCUUGUUGUUAUUGGACGUUACAUAAGUGAAAACUAUAAUGGAGCUGCUCUGCAUCCUAUUGAUUUUAUAGACAUCAGCACAGGGCAGUUAGUUGCAGAGAUCAUGGAUCCAAACAUUACAACUAUCAGUCCUGUGAACAAGUUGCAUCCACGCGAUGAUAUUUUGGCAUCUGGUAGUUCAAGGUCUCUCUUUAUUUGGAGACCAAAGGAGAAGCAUGAAAUUGAGAAGCCUAUAGAUGAAAGGAAGAUUGUUCUCUGCGGAAAGGCCGAGAAGAAAGCCAAAAGAAAAUUUGGAGAUGAAAGUGAUUGUGAUUCUGAUGAUGAUGGAUUCACCACCAAAGGUAAGACUGUUAAGUCUAAGCAACCUUAUCUAGAUUCAACUUCAACUUCUAAAUCAAAAUCAAAAUCAAAAUCAAAAUCAAAAUCAUCUAAGAAGCCCUAGCUGUUUGGGCAAUUCCUCUGGGGAACCACUGAAUUUGGGUGAAAGGAAAACAAGAAAGCAACUUGUGUCGACUUUUGUCUGCUAAUCUUGUAUAGGCUGCCAUUUCUUCCCGUCGCACUCCCUUGAUGUUUUUCUUUCCCUCCUUGGGUUCCCCUGGCUCUUCUUGUGUUUUAAGUAUUAUUAUUAGCCCUGAGCAGGAUGUAAUAUUUCAAAUUUUUUGUUUUUGUAAUUCUCCCCUGCUCUGCUCUUGACUAACGGUAGGUAGGUUGCUUUUGUUUGCUCUCCAGCUUUUCUGUAAGUCGUGUGAAUAUCGAAGUGUAAUUAAUCCUUUUAAGAAUGUGAUCUUUUGAUACG